AUGAGCAGAUCGAAAGACUCUCCCGACUCAAGCUCGAGCGCAAUCUCCACCCCCCAACUCUUCGCCCUCGCCCACCCACCCCCGAAAUCCUCCAAAGCGUCCAAAUCCAAAUCCCCCCGCCUGCGCCUCUCCUCCCGCCUCCUCCUGCAAAUCCAGCAAUCCUCGCCCGGACGAUCGCGCGCAAUCCCCAUCCUCGAACUCUACCAACCAUCCACAUUCGGGAAGACCAUCUCAACCCCGGGGGCCGAAAAUGGGCACGGAAGCCACAAGGUGCACGGGCGCGAUCUGUACCUUACCAUGAGCGAGAUGUACACGCAUCUCAAGCGAGAACGAGACGGGCCGGUCAAGGUCACAAAGCCGCGCUCUGGAUCCGGAGGGUCAACUUCAACGACCGGCGCAAGCAGUUUCCGCAAGUCGAAGUCGAGCGCGGGCGGCGACAGUUCGGCCGAUGAGGGGACGGGCGAGUGCAAAGCGAUCCGACCGCGGAGCUCACACAACAACGGAGAAAGAGAAAAAGAAAGCGAGCAGGACGACGUCGUCGCCGUAAUCCACACCUCGCCAUCGCCGCCACCCAAACCAGCGACAACCGCACCCGCACCCGCCGACGCAGCCCUCUUCUUCCCGCUCACAAACCAAACCUGGACCGCGACGGCGCACGGCUCAGGACACUACCGCUUCGUCUGCGAAACGAGCGCCAUAAUCUUCGAGUGGGAGAAGAGGCCGCCCUCGCGGUCGGGCUCGGCUGCCGCAGCGGCGGAGAAAGCGGCAGGUGAUGAGGGCGACCGGUUUGCGCUGAGCGUCUCUGUCUCGGACGCGACGUCACCUGCCAAGAGGCCUUGGCUGGCGCAGUUGACGAAGCGGGGGAUUCGUGUUGGGGGGUUGGAGGCGUGGCGGGAUGAGCCGGGCGUUCGGGCGUUGAUGGGUGGUGGCGACGGGGCUGGGCUGUAUACGCUUAUCUUGACGAUGGGGGUGUGGGUUGCUAGGGGGGAGGGGUGGGUGAACUAA